UAGCUCGAACUGAUCGGACCGAAGGCGAAGGCGAAGCUCUUUAAUUGUUCUAACUUCUAAUCUAAGACCGGUUAAAUUGCUCACUGCUCUAAAGCAAUUCAAGGUAUUGUUCUAGUGAUAUGGCAAGCCGUAGACAUGCUGUCCUGACAUGUAUUAGAUUCUUCUCUCGGCAGCAGCAGCAUCGAGGUCUUGCAGAUGCUGCCCCCAAGCAACAAUCUCUCUGGGCUAAUGUAGAUGCUAAGAUAGAGCUUGCACUCCCAGAAAAACUCAAACCAUUGUGGAACCACCCGGCAGGAAUGAAAACUAUUCACUUCUGGGCUCCUUGUUUUAAAUGGUGCCUUGUAUUUGCUGGAAUCGCUGAUUACACUCGUCCUGCAGAGAAAUUAAGUGUUAGACAGUCUGGUGCUCUAGCUGCUACAGGUGUAAUUUGGGCUAGAUACUCCAUAGUGAUCAUCCCUAAAAACUGGAACCUGUUCAGUGUUAACUUCUUUCUUGGUCUGACUGGGCUCAUGCAACUUCUUAGGAUUUAUUUAUAUACAAAGGAGCAGGAGAAACUGGCUGCAGAGAAGGCUUCAGAAUUAGUUUCAGAGUCUACAACCACAACUGUCACUCAAGCCUGAUGACAAGUCCAUCCAAAUCAUUUGAUCUUCCAGACACUAUCACACCAUGACCUUCAACACGAGAUCACAUGGCCUUGAUGAUGUGACUAUGAUUGUCACCCUGCUGAAGGUUUGAUGAUGAUUGAAUUCUGAUAGAAGAAAUUCAAUUACACUAGCAUAUUUAAUACAGUAUCCUUGUCACUCAUUGAACAUUACAUGAAUAGUUCUGAGAGUCAAGUUUUCAUAGUAUAUUGUGUUUUUCCACCUGUUUGUCUGCAUUAUGCCAUUUAAAAGAGC